GUCUCAUGGACACUCAAGGGCACUGCCAAGCAGAGCUCAUUAAUGUUUCUGCUGAAGGGGGGAAAUGUAUAACCUGCCCCUGCUGUUCUCACAUAUUUGAACAGUGGCAUGCUGAAUAAAUGUGCUUAGGGUGGAGGCAUGGCUGACUAGCAUAGGAAACUAAAGGAUGUGCACUCAGGCUUCAAGGCUGAGAACUCGACAAGCAAAUGACUUCAUUGCUGAAAGAAUUCUCAUCUAUGACACAACUUCUGUAGGGCAUGCAGGAAGGACUCUGAGGGGCAGUCUGGCACGGCACCGCACGGCACCGCAGUUUGCUAUGAACGCAUCCCGCCUCGUAGUGAAUCAUUCACGUGUACUUCCUGAAAAGAUCAUUCCUGUUUGAGUAUCUCGGUUGGAGAAUUCACCAUUGCGGCCUGGCUCCCAUCAUGAGUGCUGAGCUCAAUGUGCCCGUGGACCCGUCUACCCCCGCCUGCUCUGAGCCCGGCCACAAGGGCAUGGAUUACCGGGACUGGGUCCGCCGCAGCUACCUGGAACUAGUCACCUCCAAUCACCACUCCGUGCAGGCCCUCUCCUGGAGGAAGCUGUACCUGAGCAGGGCCAAACUGAAAGCCUCCAGCCGCACCUCUGCUCUCCUCUCGGGCUUUGCCAUGGUGGCCAUGGUGGAGGUGCAGCUGGAGACACAGUACCAGUACCCACCGCCCCUGCUCAUCGCCUUCAGUGCCUGCACAACGGUGCUGGUGGCGGUGCACCUCUUUGCCCUACUCAUCAGCACGUGCAUCCUGCCCAACGUGGAGGCCGUGAGCAACAUCCACAAUCUCAACUCCAUCAGCGAGUCUCCGCAUGAGCGCAUGCACCCCUACAUCGAGCUGGCCUGGGGCUUUUCCACCGUGCUCGGCAUCCUGCUCUUCCUGGCUGAGGUCGUGCUGCUCUGCUGGAUUAAGUUCCUGCCUGUGGACGCACGCCCCCAGCCCGGUCCUGCACCCGGCCCUGGUGGCCACACGGGCUGGCAGGCCGCCCUCGUGUCCACCAUCAUCAUGGUGCCCGUGGGUCUUAUCUUUGUGGUCUUCACCAUCCACUUCUACCGCUCGCUGGUGCGCCACAAAACUGAGCGGCACAACCGCGAGAUUGAGGAGCUACACAAGCUCAAGGUGCAGCUGGACGGGCACGAGCGCAGCCUGCAGGUUGUGUAAGGAUGCAGUUCCCCAGGGGCUGGGAGCCAACAGAAACGGCCUGCUUUUGAGGGAAUUUCAAAAAUGUAAAUUGCCAUGAGGCUGUCUAGACACUGCCAGAUAGUUCAAGACCAAAGUUUUACUCCUGUCUUAAUGCUGUAAAACCUGGAUCAUUUUCCCUCAGAAAAUGGAAAUUCUUCCAUGGGAAACUCCAUUGCUAAGAGCUGAGGGCAAAGAAGAGCUGAGCCCUUGGUCCUGGGAAAUCCUGAGACGGGAGGCAAGGCUUCAGCACUGUGGCCAUCCCAGCGAUGUGGAACUAGCGGCCAGCAGACGGGGAGCCUGAUGGAGGCCCAGAGAGUCAGGGUAGGGCUGAGUUCAGAGGACUGCCCCAUGACAGCUCAGGUGGGCUGCAUGGCAGCUUGGUGGCACAUCUGAUAGUACCAGCCUGCUGUGUUAGGUGGGGACUGUGGUGAUUAGGUGGGCACAGGAUUACAGGUGGGCCUGGUGCUUCCCUCCCCUGCUCUGGAGGGAGCUGGGUGGCCUGGCAUGUGGGCAGACAGGAGCCUGGGGCACACGUCAGUCCAGCAAGUGUGGUGAGUACUCCAGGAGGUGGCAGACUUGGCAGGGCCUGGGGGAGAUUUCCAAGGCUGGAGGCCUGGCAGGGUCGGGGAGGCAUGUCUGGGAGCAGCCCACUUGAGGAGGCUGUUAACUAAGGGGUACUCCAAGCACACUGGCUCAAAUUCUUUCUUCCCAGCCAGCCUGGAACCCUGGCCACAUUGACCCAGCAAGGCCACCAGGUUGGGAAGGGCCCAGAGUCUAGAGGCCUCUCUUGGCCACAGAAGGCCGGGGACCUUGCUCAGGUGGCAGAGCCUGCCCAUUUCCUGCUGCCAGUGGUGCCAGGCAGUGGAAGGGGCAGCUUGGGGACUUCCUAUCUAGACAAGACCAUUGGCCUGGGUGGUCUGUGGGUGGUGGCACCAGGGGCCAGCUCUGGCCAAAUGUGGGUCUUGCUCAUGACAUGGAACAACUGCAGAGAAGACAUGACCCCACAUACUGCUCCCUCCUGGACCCCCAGGCUCCUCAGCUGCUCCAGGGCCCCGCUCCCACAUUUACUGCGGUGCAGAGCAUGGGCUCUGGUGUCUUCACCGAUGGCGGCUGGUUGUCCUGCUCGUGUUUUGGGCUGCCCGCAUACAGGCCACAGCUCAGCUUACAUGUGAGCACGCUGUACCACAUUGGCCGGCAGCCACCUGAAGGGGGCCAUUUUGUUUGUUUUCACAAAUCCUCAUUGGACUUCAUGCUCUGAUGGCAUAUCUAUCAACAGCUUAAUCUCUCUGUGGGGUCUGGGUUGCCUGUGUCCAAAAACCCUGGCUGUUUCUGGGAAUAUGACCUACUGUUGCGAACAUGAACCUUAACCUAUAACUCUGAAAUGCUCACACUUGCGGGGAGUCUGGACAUGGUGUCCCGCCAGGCCAGAGAAGCGCCCUGGCGUCUGCUAAAGGGCGUGCCCCUUGCACCUUCUGCAGACAUCUGUCGUGACUUGCGUGCUCUCUAGUGCAUGUUUUCCUCUCCCACAGCCUUGUUGAAAAGGCUUAUCUGGUUUAAUGUGUUUGCUUUGCUUUGCAAAAGAAUGUCAGCAUCACUUUGUGUCCUGCAGUGACCAAACGAGCUGGCUCUUCCCCACGGCUGGAAGCAGGCAGCAAGCACUUACUCUGGCCUGAGCCUUCUGAGGGGCCGUACUGGAACCUCUACCCCAAGUGUGCCAGACCCAUGGAGUGCCAUGCUCCCCACACUGGAAAGGACACCCCCAGUGCCAGUGGGGGCCCAUUAUGCCUGAUCCAUGGGCAGAGCUUUGGGCUUGGCCACAACAGGGUGAGAUGUGAGGUGCCCAAUGACAGUGCCACAUGAAGAGGAAAGAUGCCACAUACCAUGUUUAAACACUGGGAGAGGGACGUUCUUGUAAUUUCUUGUUCUGUCAUCCAGAGUGCUUUCCUAGCUCCAGACUUUCUAGAGACAGGAGGCAAAGAAGUUCUGUGGGAAGAGAUGACAGCAAGUCUGGGGACUUGUGAUGGGUGGGGUGGG